CCAGGUUAAGACAGAAGAGCGCGAGCAGCCCAAUGACUGACACCGGAUGCGUGUCGUCACAGGUCCUUUAAUCUGCUUUGAUUUGAGAGCCGCUUACUCCAGACUGCUGCUGGAUACAUAAUAACAGUGAUGAAGAGCUUCAGAGGAAUUCGAGCCGCUUUUCACAUAUUCUCAAGAGACCUCCAUCAUCAUCACUGUGUGGGAAUAAUAGGUGCUCCUUUUUCUAAAGGACAGCAGAGAGAUGGUGUGCAGAGAGGAGCAGACCUCAUUCGAGCUGCUGGAUUGGUGCAGAAACUUAAAGGGCAAGGUUGUGUAGUGAAGGAUUAUGGGAAUCUGAUUUUUGAGGACAUUCCCAAUGAUGAGCCCAUUGGCAGACUGAAGACUCCGAGAGCAGUCGGCCGUGCCAAUGAGCUGCUCGCAGGAGCUGUGCUGAAGAUCAAGAGCGAUGGCAACACUUGUGUGAUGCUGGGAGGAGAUCACAGCUUGGCGAUUGGUUCGAUCUCUGGUCAUGCCGCCUCAAGACAUGAGCUGAGUGUUUUAUGGGUAGAUGCACACGCAGACAUCAACACGCCUUUAACCACACCAACGGGAAACAUUCACGGCCAACCGCUGUCGUACCUCAUCCAUGAACUGCACUCAAAGAUUCCCAUAAUUCCACAUUUCUCAUGGUUAAAGCCUUGUGUAGCAGCUAAGGACAUUGUCUACAUUGGACUCAGAGAUGUAGACCCAGAAGAACAUUAUAUCCUGAAGCACCUUGGAAUCAAAAUGUUCUCCAUGACAGAGGUUGAUAGGCUUGGAAUAGCAAAAGUAAUGGAGCAGACGUGUGAUCACAUGUUUUCAAAGGUGAAAAAACCCAUCCACCUCAGUUUUGACAUUGAUGCACUGGAUCCAUCGGUCUCACCUGCAACAGGCACACCUGCAGCGGGAGGACUGACCUACAGAGAGGGCAUUUAUAUAACUGAACACAUCUGUCAGACAGGCCUUCUCUCUGCUGUAGACAUGGUGGAAGUGAACCCAAAGCAGGGCAAAACAGAGGAUGAAAUUAAAUCAACAGUAAACGCUGCUGUGGAUCUGAUACUGAGCUGCUUCGGACGGGUCCGCGAGGGGUCUCAUGAGCCCGAUUACCAAAUUCCAAAUCCAUAAAUCACAGGCUUUAUUUUUGUUAUUUUGUUUUCUUUUUUUGUUAUAUUUACUUACUGGCAUCAUUAUUUAGGCCAUCAUGUUAUUUAAAUUGAAUUUAAAGGGUAAUUUCCAUUUAUUUUAUUCCUGUAUAAAAGUGAAUUCCAAAGAUAUAUGCAAAUUAUACCGUGUUGUGCAAGUUACUUCCAAACUGUAAUACAUUAUAGAUUACUUGUUACUGUAAUUCCUCGCGGGUCGCAGCACUCCUGUAAAACCCGCCCUAAACACGCCUUCACUGGACUACGUCACACAAUACAACGUUCCACCAGCGAGAAGGAGAUGAAUGAAAUAAAUCGCUAAACAAAUAUAUCAGAAGCUGUCGUUGUCUUUAUUUAUAAACUUGGACACCACACGAAUAUUGACUGACCACGAACAGGAAAUAGAACUUAUUUGCGGCAUUUUUGAUUCGUUAACGUCUCGCGGUCUUGCUGUU